AUGGUUCUUACAGAAGCUGAGAUUAAAGCCGAAUUGGAUCGUCUCAUGGAAGCACCGGAAGUAGAUGAGAGCAAGUGAAGGUAAAUGUUCAAUUUGGAGAAGAGAAUGAUUGAGGUCAUUAAAACAAACCAAGGAGUUAUAGAUCCCAAGUAUAUGAAGACAAUUGAAUACCUAAAGAUGGAUAAACGACUCCAACCUAUGAUCAAAGGUACAAGAACUUCUAUUGUGGAGAAGAAGGCUUCCUCCUAG